GCGGCGAGCCCGCUGACAAAGGCGGAGCAGCGGCAGGCCAGGGCCGCCCCGUCCCCCGCCCCCGGCAGCGGGGCCCGGCGCCGGCGGGCAGCGCGGGGCUGGGGCUGGGGCGCUCGCACAAGAUGGCGGUGGGGCGGCGGGAGAGCGUGCUCCCCUCUUAGAUGCGGCCGCGGCGGCCCCUGCUCCCGGCGCCCGGCAGGGCUUACAUGGCGCUGGAGGACCUGCUUUGUCUCUGCUUCUCUGCCCUCGCCGUCCUGGCUGUGCAAGGGAGGCUGUUGGAAGGGGAUUCUCUGGAGCUAAGCUGUAGUGCUGGGCCUGCAAAGGUGAUACUGGAACCAAACCAAGUAGUCAUUUUGGACUGUAACUUGGCCCCUGUUGAGCAGGUGAUUAACAUCACGUGGAAGAAGAAUGGAUUUCCAUUAGUGGAGCAGGAACAUCUCCACGUGCUUCCAAAUGGAUCACUCUUCAUCUCAUCCCAGGCUGUGGCAAAGGACAGUAAAUAUCCUGAGAGGGAUGGUGCUGAGGGUAAUUACUCCUGCGUGUCUUACAGCUCCCUAGGGGCUGUCACCAGUCAAACGGCUGCAGUCAGAUUUUCAACAUUAUCACGCUUUUUCCAACAGCCAGAGUCGCAGACAGUGGAAGAAAAUGGCAUGGCCCGGUUUGAGUGUCGCAUCGAAGGACUACCCUCCCCUGUCAUCACGUGGGAGAAGGACCAUGAAGCUGUUCCAGCAGAACCCAGGUUUAUAACUCUUCCAAAUGGUGUCCUCCAAAUCGUGGAUGUGCAAGAGAGUGAUGCUGGGGCUUACCACUGUGUGGCAACCAACGCUGCCCGAAAACGCUACAGCAAUGACGCAGUCCUCAGUGUUCUGAAAGGUUCCCAGUCAGCAGGAGGAGAUGUCACCAUCGUUGCUGCUCCGGAGAACACCACAGUGGUGGCUGGGGAGAGUGUGGUGAUGGAGUGCAUGGCGGCUGCUGAUCCCACGCCUUUUGUCUCCUGGAUACGACAGGAUGGAAAGCCCGUUUCCACAGAUGUGAUUGUGCUGGGCCGGACAAAUCUCCUCAUUCCUUCCAGCCAGCCCCAUCACUCAGGGGUGUACGUCUGCCGCGCCAACAAACCCCAAACCAGGCAGUUCGUUACAGCCGCAGCUGAGCUCCGGGUCCUUGCUACACCCAGCAUCUCCCAGGCUCCUGAAACCAUCUCACGCACUCGAGCCAGCACAGCCCGUUUUGUCUGCAAGGCAGAGGGCGAGCCAGCUCCAACCAUUCACUGGCUGAAGAACGGCAAGGCCAUCCUUUCCAACGGGCGGGUGAAAGUGCAGAGCAGCGGGAGCCUCGUGGUCAAUCAGAUCGGGUUGGAGGAUGCUGGCUACUAUCAGUGCGUGGCUGAGAACAGCUUGGGCAUGGCUUGUGCCACUGCCAAGCUCUCUGUGAUCGUGCGGGAGGGUUUGCCCAGCGCUCCCAAGAAAGUGUCAGCUGUGUCCCUCUCCAGCACCACAGUCCUUGUGUCCUGGGAGCGGCCAGAAUACAACAGCGAGCAGAUCAUUGGCUUCUCGUUACAUUACCAGCGGGCUGUGGGAACAGAUAACGUGGAAUACCAGUUUGCUGUCAAUAAUGAUACCACUGAGCUGCAAGUGAAGGACCUAGAACCCAAUACCAACUACGUCUUCUAUGUAGUCGCAUAUUCUCAGCUCGGAGCCAGCCGGACAUCCUCUUCCAUCAUUGUUCAGACCCUGGAGGACGUCCCUAGUGCUGCCCCUCAGCUGUCCCUGUCGAGCAUGACUCCUGGUGACAUCCGUGUGACGUGGCUGCCUCUUCCUCCAGAGCUGAGUAACGGCAAGAUUACAAAAUACAAGAUCGACUACUGCACCCUCAAGGAAGCAGAUCAGGUUACCUCCAUUGAAGUGGGUGGAAAUGAGACACAAAUCACUCUCUACUCGCUCCAUCCCAACAAAGUAUACAAAGUCCGCAUCGCAGCCAGCACCAGUGUGGGCUAUGGGGCUCCUUCUGAGUGGACCCAGCAUCGGACUCCUGACAGAGACAACCAGACGCAUGUUCCAUUUGCCCCGACAGAAUUAAAAGUCCGAGCGAAGAUGGAGUCUCUCCUAAUAACGUGGCAGCCCCCAGCCAACCAUGCCCAGAUAUCAGGCUACAAGCUUUACUACCGAGAAGUGGGCCCAGAGGAGUCCAGCGAUGAAAGCCCUUUGGAUGGUGCGGAAGAUGAGAGCUGGGACGUAGGACCCAUAAAACUAAAGAAGAAAGUGAAGCAGUACGAGCUGACUCGACUAGCUCCUGGGAAACUCUAUGAGGUGAAGCUGGUGGCAUUCAAUAAGCACGAAGAUGGUUAUGCAGCGGUUUGGAAGGGCAAAACAGAAAAGGCACCUGCAACAGCAGUAGAUCCUCCUGUGCAGAAGGGUCCUCCGCUGCCUCCAGUCCAAGUCUAUGCAGAGUCCAACAGCUCAACUUCCAUAUGGCUCAGGUGGAAGAAACCUGACUUCACAACAGUCAAAAUUGUCAACUACACUGUGCGCUUCAGCCCCUGGGGCCUGAAAAAUGCCUCUCUGGUUACAUACUACACAAGCUCGGAUGAAGACAUUCUCAUUAGUGGGUUGAAGCCCUACACCAGGUAUGAGUUUGCUGUGCAGUCCAAUGGUGUUGGCAUUGACGGGCCCUUCGGCAGCGUGGUGGAGCGGUUCACGCUUCCUGACCGUCCCUCGACUCCUCCCUCUGACCUGCGGCUGCACCCGCUGAACCCCUACGCUGUCCAGGUGCACUGGUGCCCCCCUGUUGAGCCCAACGGCAUCAUUGUGGAGUACCUCAUCCUGUAUAAUGCCAACAACACGCAGCCAGAUGACAUGUGGACCUUGCUGACGCGAGAAGGAAAUAUCUUCAGCACUGAAGUGCAUGGCCUGGAAAGUGAUACCAGAUACUUCUUCAAGAUGGGAGCAAAGACAGUCGUGGGAUCUGGUCCCUAUUCAAACGUUAAGGAUGUGCACACCCUCCGGGAGAAGCUGUCUGAUGUUCUGGAUAUCCACUCUGUCACAGGAAUCAUUGUGGGAGUCUGCCUGGGGCUGCUCUGCAUACUCUUCUGCAUGUGUGCCAGCUUCCGCAACAGCAAGCAGAGGGAGGCCCUGCCAGGCCUGGAUUCCCAGGCAGCUGGCAACCACACUUACUACCACCGGAGCAGGCAAGGAGUGGCAGCUCCCAGUGCCACCUUGGACUCACAUGAGCUGGAGUCCCUCAUGUCCCCGGUCCCGGAGGAUGCACCCAUGCCCCUCGGGGACAUCACAGAACUGACGGAAGUUCACAGCCUCAUCCACACGAGCCUCCCUGAGGACAUCAUUCAUGGGAAGAGGAAGUCUUCGUGGAAUAAGUCAGCCGGCCAGCCCUGGACAAACAGCAUAGCCAGAUACGAGGACACUAUCACAAAAGAGCCUCUCUCUGCUGUGAAUGGAUCGGUGAAGCUCCCUUCCAGUGCGGGACAGAAGCUUUUGCUACAAGCUCUGGUUUAUGAUGCUGUGAUGAAUGAAGCAAAGAAAAGCCACCUGCCAGCCAACCUUCACCAAGUGGAGGCAGAGGUCAUUGUCCAUUCUGAUUUUUCAGCCUCUGACAGAGACUAUGACUCCCAGCUGCACACCCUGGAGAGUGAAGAGACAGAAACCGAGGACCAGGAGCCUGCAGAGCUCCCAUCUGGAGAGCUGGCUCUUCUGGGCUCUCCCAGCACCCAGCCGGAUGCCAGCCAAGUGUUGGUGGACUGCAUGGACAGUUGUGAGGUUCAGGCCCGGGACGAGCUGUUACAUACCGACAGAAAGACUAACAGAACAGAGGCCAUUUGCAUCCAUGGGCUCACCAAUGGCUUCCACAGGCACGGGGAAAGUCUGGAUUCAGUGGAGAGUGGAGAUUCGGACUCCAUCCAGGAAGGCGGGGGGGAUGUGCGGCCAGUCAAGUGCCAAUCGAUUUCCACAGCCCAGGAGGAGGCCCCCCUCCGUAGUAACUCUGGUUUAACCAGUUCAUCCUCAGCAUCUGAGAACAUGGCAUAUGUCCACAAUCAUUAAAGAGUGAACUAAUCUGAUUUUGAUCAUGGGAGAGCUGGAAGCACCAGUAAGGGCCUGUCCCUGUGAGGUACUGCAUGCCCUCGACUCACUGAGCCCAGCAGGAGCUAAGAAGGUGCAGCAUCUCACCAGAACAGGAUUCGCGCCUGUCAGCUGUACAUAUUGCCUUCAAAAAAUCAGUCAGUAGAUUCGUAAGGGCCCAUCUUCUUCCCACUGCAGCUGAUGAGUGAAGUAACUUGGUGUUUGUGGGAGCAGGAUUGAGCCAUCUGCCAAAGUCUGACAUGAAACCACGGCUAGAACAGAGCCUUCUGCAUUAGACUGGGGUUGUCACUUUGCUGUAGUCCUCGAGGCAACUAGCAAGCCACCUUUUGAUGCUGGGAAGAGGCAGGCUACACCGAGUGAUUCUUCUCAACUGUCUCUUCACCAGGGAGCGCCUUGGCUCUACCUACUGCCUUGCAGCAUUGGGAUGAAUUUUGUCAGAGGAGUCCCACGAGGGGGUGGAAGCCAACAGAAACAAAUUCAGUGAGCUGUAACCACCAGCCUUUUCUGCCCUCCCGUGGUUAAAAGGAUUAUAAGGCUCUCUUUGUACGCUACCGCAGUAACUAUUACUAGCAGGCUGAUGUAGUAGCCUUUUAUUACACACUCUACGAGUGCCUCUAACAACUUGUACUAUACAGAACCUUCUUCAGUGUCUGGGUCAUUUCACCAACCUGGACUUCGUUUUAUGUAGGUUCUUGUACCUAAUAUUUUAGGUACACAUCUGUCCUUUUAAUGUACAACAUGUAUUUUUAUUUCUUUGGAACAUCUUUAUAUUAUUUAAUUUUAUAAAGUGGAAUAGUGUGUGGUAUAGAGUAGCAUUUUUACUACUUCUCUCUUUCUUUGUUUUUUUCCUCCCUAACAACACAACUACCUCAUGUCUGUUGGAGAAAAAAAAAAGCAGUAGAUCUACUCUUCUGUUAUAGUCCAUUAUAAGUUUUAACUUAUUCUUAUACUGCCUUUUUCUAAAGAAUAUGUUUGCACUGGUUGUUGAGACCUUUUUUAAUGCAUAGCGCUGCAGAUCUGAUGUCUGUCUUGCUUUGUUUCUAAGUAUUGCUAUAGGACACCUUCCCUACAGCUGGACGGUUGGGUUGUGUUUCUCUGUAGGACUGUGUUUUGCAGGAGCUGGCCAAAGGAGACCGCUUCAGCUGGUGGGACGUUGAUCCAUCUUUCCUUAACAAGCUUAUACUAGCGAAGAGGAAAAAGAACCAACAAUUGCAGAAGUAACUUGUGAUCCUGGGGACAAAAGAACCAACAAUUGCAAAACUUGUAACUUAUGAUCUUGAGGACAUCUGUGGCUUCUUUUUUUUUGUGCCCAAGUGGAGACGUCUCAGGUGAUUUUUAUUUCCGGAGAGCAGCUCUCAGCCUUUGGUAAGCACUGGACUUGCUGAAGCUUCUGGAUGAACAAGUGAAAUUUUUCAGUCACUUCUGAGAGUCGUGUCCAAAGUGCUUUUGGGUUUUGGUUUGGUUUUUUUGGCUUUUUUUAUAAGAGCAGAGCACCACCAGAGCUUAAAAAUUAAAAUCAAAUCUUUGGUCUCAUACCAGUCAGUCUGGUUUGAAAAUCAUCUGGUGACUCUUCUUUGCUAACACUGUUUGCUCACUGCGGAUAUGUCUCAUCCUGGCCUUCCGGUGUGGGGUGGACUUUUCUCCACCUUUUGUUUAGCCUGUCUCUGCCCUGUUCCAGGCUUGCAGAGUUUGACUGUGAACACUACGGAUUGGACCAGCUCCUUGGGGGAAACAGUGAUUGGUAAUUCUGUCCAUUGGGUGUUUGGUAAAUGUUCUGCCUUCCUUGAGGGAUUCAGAUAUCUGGCCAUUUGUUUAUUCAAAAAAUGAAGGAAAAGAUGCCCAUCUCCCUCUUCUCAUGCUGCAAUUCCCCCAAAGCUGUGUGUGGGAGCUAUGUGCUGACCUGAGAUUCUGUAAAAGACUUCAGACUUUGGGUUUUUUUGUGGUGAAAUCUGCACUGAGGUACCACUGCUUGCAGCAAGGAGAACCUUGCUCCACCAGCACUCUAUCCCUGCUUCAGUUGUGAGUCGUGUCCCAGUGUGCAUGUGUCUGGAGCUGAGCUGGACCGGCCCGUGUCCUUGCAAUUCUCCAUCAAAUCUCCAACGCUGUCAGCUCCAGCUCUUCAGUAGAGGAGUAUGUCCAAGCCUCCAUGUACCAUGUUGGGAAGGAUAUCGGAGCUCCCACCUUUCCCCAUCCAACAACGUCUCUUCCCAGCAUGACUCACUGUGCUGGUAAAUGGCUGUAUUGUCAGUUGUUGCACUUGUUCUGUCAUCCAGCUGCUGCUUGGUAUCUUGAGGAGUCUCAGAAAUGCCGUUGCAUGCUCUGAAGCACCUUGACUCUGAAAGGCUGUGGCACAGAGACUGGAAAUCAGUGCCAGUGAGCAGGCUAGGCAGGAGUUGGUGGGUGUGUGCUACCAGAGCAAGAAACUAGAAAGGCAAGGAAGCGUAACUGGGCAGAGGAAGUGUGUGAAUAAUCUCCAGAACUCACUGCCGUAAGACUUUGAAACUAAUGACUUAGAAGGGUUAGAGAUAAGACACUGAAGUGUUAUUGCAGGCAAUAAGGGCAAUUCACAGUUCUACGGGAGCGGAUGCAAUUGCAGAGGUAUAAACCCUCUGGCUGGGGAGUAUUGGGCACUGGCUGUGGAGGGUGUGGGGAGAUUUCUGCACCUGGACCACAGUCUGCAGUUACUUUCAUGGAAGAGUCCUUGCUCUUCCCCAGUGCCAGAACAGACCCUGUACAAGCCACGUUGCCACUGCUGAUGUGCGGAAAGGGAGAAGGACCCUUCUCCAAAAAGCUCAUUCCAGAGGAACCCCAUGGUGGCUUUCUUUCACCUCCAAACCCAAGUAAUCCACCUGCAAGCAUGACGGUAUGCUGAAGGACUGCUGCUGCUGAGCAUCUCAGCUGCUGGAGGGCAACACUGGGCGUUUGGCCAGCAGCGGGUAUGGCCAGAGCACGGGAGUUCUCCCAGCUCCCUGUCAUGAUGCUGUACUUGGGCCAGGUCACGUACCAGGCCUGAGUUUUAUAUCCAGGGGCCUCUGGGGAUGGAGGCUUAGUCCAGUGGCAGAUAUAGGAGUGUGCCACAGCUUCUGGGGCACUCCUUUGUACAUGCACCCUCUGCUAUGUCUGUAGCGACUUUAGCAAUCAUAUGGCCUUGGGGUGAGUGUUGCUGAUCUCCCUAAAAGCUAUCCCUGCCUGUCACUGAAGCCAGCACAAGCAGGCACAGUGUGGCACCUUUCCCCUGGAUCACCUUGGGCCGGUAACAAACCCAACAAAUUACUUACAUGCUCCAAGAGCUUUGGGUGAGAUGCAGCAGACUGCAAACAAUUCUGCUUAUGCAUCACAAAAAUACUUUGUUUCCUCACACUGAGGCUUAUUCCGAUGUUGUUACACGCCGCUGAAUUUUACCAGAGUGUCAAAAUGGCAGCGUUCAGAUGUCCAGGUACUGUGGUGGCCCUGGACUGCUGUGCCAGACCUCAGCUACAGAAAUCAAGGCAGUUCCCUCGGGGCCAAGAGGUCACCACUGAUCAGCAGCCGCAAAGCUGUGCUCUGUACAAGCACGUGUCCACGCAGGGUGCUGCGUGUCCUCGGCUAACUCGGCUGGACCCCAGGUCCCUCCUGUCCUGCACACGCCAGGGACCUUUCUAGUCUCAGCUAGAAAUGAAUGGAAGAAGACAGAUAAUACGCAUGUUAUGUGUAAAGCUGAAACAACCAGUGCAUAUAUUUUUUUAUCAUGAAAUAAGUAGCUUUCUUGCAGACUUCUCACAGACACACAAACUGUUGAUACCUUUAAUUACCUGUCAUACUUAAUAUAUGUUCCUACACAUCAGGCUCCUUUCUCCCUUUUCUUCCUUUCAGUAACACUAAAGAUUAUUGCUGUUCAACUUUCAGCUGGUGUAUAUUGUUUUACAUUGUUAAAAUGUCAGGUUUGUCUCACUGGCAUAAUUUUGUAGUAUUAAUGUUACUGUUUGGCUACACAACUGUAUAUUCCCCGUGCUGCUGUGAGAGUCACAAUUCUCAGCCUUUUUAUUUCUUUUAAUUCCUUGUUACAUGAAACACAUGACUUGGAUAAAAAUCUCGUUCAACUUUUUGGUGAUUUGAUUUCGUACUUAACAGACAGAAAAGUUCUGGUUUAAGUAGUUCAAAUGAGAUCAUUUGUAAUCUAGGUUUUGAGAAUUUUUUACGUUACUAGCAAUCCUGAGAUCAGCCCAUGAAAAACGCUGUGUAAGAAACCAACCAUUUUAAUAGAGCACUAUAUAUGUUUUUGAUCUCAUUAGAAAUAGAUGUUUUGAAGGGAUCAUCAUGUCUUUUCUAAUCAAUACUUUUGUUAGAAAAGAGGUGUUUAGUCCAGCAGAAAUCUGCCAUCUAGUUCUGUUAUUGUAUUCCCUUGCUUGUAUUUUAAAAUCAAAUUUCAUUUAAUUUUCUACACAGUGCAUAAGGAUGUGUAACCAGAACUUAAUCUCAUUUGAAGAUUGUGUCUGUGUUUGGUUCUAUGCUGUACUUAAUUAUAACUUACUUUCUUCAGAGACUGUUCUUACUCCACAAAUACUCUUUAGUGUUAAAUUGUAAGAAGACAUUGUCCUUAUAUUCCUUAAUUAAUGGGUUAUUAAUAAAAUACUUUAAAAAAA